CAAUCACACUCAACCGCGCAACCAACAGGGUCCCCAGCACUCAACAACAGCCACCGGCCCGAUCAGAGAUUUCUGUUUACGCAACCAAGAACCAAAAUAUCCGCUCACGAAGUGGAAUCUGCCCUGGCCUGGAUUUUGAGGGUCAUCAGAUCACUCAAUCAUCAAUCAACCCCACACCAUCCUGCACUGCACUCCAUUCCCGUCACCGAGGUGCAGUCCCGUCACGCCGAGUCCAUCCAUCCCGGUCCGCACUUCAAGGGAGCUCAUAAACGGCCGAGCUGAAUCCGAACCCGCACCCGCAUCUAAACCGGAGUCGGAGCCCGAGUCGGACCUGAAGAGUCCCACAUUUCCGGAUAUCAGCCCCUGAACCGGACACCGGCUUUCAAGAAACCACAUUCUGCUACACUUCCGAAUUCAGUCCGUUAAACACCGGCAACCAACCUCAUUCGGCGGCAACAACAGCCACAAAAAUGACAACCCUCAACACCCCCAACUUUGCCGCCCCCUCCUCCCAUGGUCGCCCCUCCUCACCCCCUCAAUCCCAAACCUCCUCACCCAUCUCCCCAAAGUCCACAAACCACGCCUUCCCCUCCAUCUCCACCAACCUAUCCAACCUAUCCAACAACCCCCCUCCUCCCCGCCUCACCACCUCUUCCCAACAGUCCCCUUCUUCUGGAGAAGUCGACAACAUCUCCGACGACGACGACGACGACGACGACGACGACGACGACGACGUAUCCAACCUCCCCUUCCCCACCGCCCUCCCCCGCCCCUCCUUCCUAACCCCUCACUUCUCCCCCCUCGCCUACCUCGACUCUCUCUACGCUUCGUCCUCUUCUCCCGAUCCAACCAACGCCACUGUCGUCACAGCCACACCCUUCAGCCAAAGACACCAAACCCUCCCUGACCUGCGUUCGGAACUGCAUACUCGCAGCCUGGCAAUCAGUUCCGAACUGCUGGAACUCGUCAACGCGAACUAUACCUCCUUUUUGAGUCUAGGGGAUGAACUGAAAGGGGGAGAGGAGCGGGUGGAGGAUGUGCGGGUUGCUGUUUUGGGAUUUCGAAGGGCAGUGGAGGAGGUUCGGACCAAAGUUAGAGAAAAGAGGGGGGAGAUUGGAGAGCUGGUCAAGGAGUUGGGAUACGUGCGGGGCGGGGUUGAGUGGGGGAGGGGGGUGUUGGAAUUGGGGGAACGGGUGGAGGGGUUGGAAGUCAAAUUGAAUAUGGGGAGUUUGGGGAGUACGGGGGGAAGUGGCGGGGCGGGAGGGACAGGAGCGGGAGCGGGAGUGGAAGCGUGGGUGAAAAAGGGGACGAUUAAUGCAGAAGAAGAUCGGGUGGGGGAAGAGGAUGAAUAUGAAGGGUGGGAUGAUGGAUCGGAGGAUUUCAAGGAGGAAGUGGUUGAUGAUGAUGAUGAUGGGGAAGGUGACGAGGAGAGAGAAGGGUUUGUGGCGAGUAGUCCGGCGGAGUUGGAGGCGCUGGCGAAAGAAUAUGUCAAGAUUGAGCAGAUGGCGGAUAGAUUGGGUGGGCACGAGGUGCCGUUUGUGAGGAAGAUGGAGGAAAGGAUGAUUAGGUGCCGGAAUACGAUCCUGCUGGAUUUAAGGACCGCGUUGAAGGAGGCGAGGAGGGCAGGCGAAAGGGGCAAGAAGAGGGUGUUUAGGUAUUUGGGUGUUUAUAGACUGUUGGACGCGGAACAGGAGGCGGUUAGGGUGUUGAAGGAGAAAUAGGUCCGAUGUUAGAAGCAGAUAAUGGAUGGUUCAUGUAAUAGAAGGCCGCUGCUAAGGAGCUAAGAGUACAGGUUCUGAAGAACAAUUAAUACACAUAUUACACAUAUACACAGAGAACAAGCACAAGGGCAUACCC